AUGAGUGAGAAGGGCAAUUAUGUUCUGGCUAUACUCAAGACAAGUGAAAACUAUGACAAUCUGAAGGAAAGUCUGUCUGAUUUAACACAAGAAAUGUCGAAAUUAAAUAAGGUAACAGUUGAGGGUAAAACCUAUAAUAUUGAAUACUUUCUCGGUGGGGAUUGGAAGUUCCUGGCAUGUGUCUAUGGGUUGGGGGCUGCUAACCAAGACUACGCCUGUAUCUGGUGCAAAUGCCCUCGCGGCCAGAGACAUGACAUCCAAAGGGUAUGGUCACUUUCUAACAGUGCUCAGGGUGCCAGAUCACUGGAGGAAAUUUCAAGCUUUGCCAAAUCAAAAAAGUUUAAUUGCAAAGCAACUCCAUCAUUUAAUUUCGUACCAAUUGAUCAUGUCAUUAUUGAUACCUUACAUUUAUUUCUCCGCAUAUCAGAUAAUUUAACAGAACUUUUAAUCAGGGAAUUAAGGAGAUAGGAUGCUUGUGAGAAGAUAACAACAUUUCCCAAUGGUUUUUCUCGAGAGAAAUUUAAACAUAUGGCAGCAUAUGAAACGUUUCUCAAAACCCUUGGCAUUUCUUUUGAGUGGAGAAUAAACAAAGACACAAAAAAAACUGGACUAUAGACAUCUCACGGGUCCUGAAAAACUAAAGGUCAUGCAAAAUAUUCAGUUCUCUUCUCUUUUUCCUGGUUACAACAAUUCAGAAAAGCUUCAGUUACUAUGGGGUGGGUUCAUGGACAUCAUUGAGUAUUUAUCUAAAACAAAACGACUCUAGAGAGCAAGCAACUUUUCUAAAUUUUGGUGGCAACUUUUUGAUAUUUGAGCAACUUUAGAGCAACUUUUGGGUAUACGGUGAAGGAACUUUUCCUGAAUUUACUAGCACAAUCUAUUCAUGCCUUCUGGGGUGCACGGUUAUUCUCCGGAAAGCCAACUCAGACUUAUCACCAGUCCCUGAUCCCUGCACAUAAGUGUUUUGUAAUGAUGUCUUCUAGGCUUUGCGCUGAUGGUAAUAUCAGAGAAAUCAGGAUCAUCAGUUUGGCUACACAACCAUUUUAAAUCAUCUACUAAAGGUAAGUAUCGUUUUUGAUGAUUCAAGUGAGUACGAUUGAAAAUAAUACACCCAAUUGACUGCUACCGUGUCGGUUGAAAUGUGGAUGUGAGCUAUCUCAGUCUUUCAUGCCGCUUCCAAAAGAAAUUUUCCCUAGGAACGCUUUCCUAUUGGUAUCAACCAAGUGAUUUGGUUUACAUUCUUUCGUGUUUUAAGUAAUAGUAAUGAUGAUGAUAAAAAAAAAAAAAAAUAAUAAUAUAUAAUUAUAUAAGUAUACAUAUGGAUAGAUAUUGACUAGGAAAUUAGUUUAUGUGUGACAUGGCCUCUAGGCUACGCUUAGCGCCCUACUGUGCCAUUAGGAUUCAUAGCAUUAAGAUGUGUAACACUGCUGAUAUAAUGAUAAUUACAUCUUUAGCCAGGGUAAAGCCGUCAGCAAUUGCUGAUAUCAAUGAGUGUCCUAGUAAAUUGUACAAAACAAUACUGAAGUGAAUAAAACUUAAGUAAAACUAAAAUAUCAAUCAUAAUUGAAGAUAAUUAUUAAAAAAUCUAAAUAUGUAUAUAUGAUGAUGAAAAAUCAUUUAAAAAAUUCUCCUAUUUUUGAUUUAAAUAUUAAUGGUGACUUAAUUGAUUUUAAUUCAGGUGACAAAUCAUUGCUUAGUGCAUAGGACUCAAUAUUCCUGUCCUCAGGUAAGGGUUUGGUAGAUCUUUAAAAUAUUUAUAAUUUCAGUGGUGAAUAUUUCACAGACAUACCUUAGUAUAAUGGAAGUUAGCAAAUUGGACAGAUUUCUCUGAGCAGUAAUGUAUUAGGUUUAGUUUUCUCUUAUGCAGCAUAAUCAAUUCAGAGCUUCAACAUUCCCCUCCCAGGCAAUGCCCCUGGCAUUUAAACUUUUGAAGAUUGGUUUGUUCAAGUUCCAUGUCUACCUAUGUGUAGGACAAGCAGCAACUUAAACAUAAUUACACAUGCAUCUAUAUUUCCAAUAAUUUACAUUGCAUGAUUCCAAAAAUAGUUUCUAUUUUAACAUGAUAAGAGGAUAUUGGUUUGGUGGUGAGGCAAACCACUUUUGAUUCUAUGAUAUGGACAGUCAUGAAAAACUUGAAUCCUUGAAGCAUUUUCAUGCCACAGAUAUCUGAUUCAAUAGCAUUUUAGCUUCACAACUGUGUGCCAAAAUUUGACCCAAGUUAAUCUUAACCCAGGGUUAGGUUUGGGAACUGUAGUGUUUCAUCUUGUCUCCUACAUUCACCCCACUGGUGUAACUAGAUGCAAAUGUAUGUCAUACCCUGCAUUUUAUUGAAGCCAGUGUCCAAAUAGUUUGAAUUAGACCCUAGGUCUCUGCCAUGGGAUGAGUUAAAGAAUACUUCAAGGACUGUUUUACCCCCAAAUACGGAUCCCAAAUGAAGUUUUAGAGUUCAGACAGAGAGAGAUCCAGCCUAACACAGUUGUGAAUAAUGAGCUAAACAAAAUAUGCCAAAUUGAUCCAUUACGUGCCAAGUUUAAGGGGGCCAAAGUAAAUAUAUGAAAGUCACGCUUGACAAAAGGCUCUAUCGGAUAAUGCGUGACACCCGCUGUGACCCGACUGACUAAAGAAUCUGCGAAUUUUAGAGGAUUUCGCUCUCUCUCUCUCGUUUAAAGAACGUUAUCGUUCUGUUACCUCCAGAUUAUAAAAGUAAAAUCUUUAGGCUUUACGUAGAGGUGUAAAUUAUACCGGUAAACAAUAAUCUUGUACUGGCAAAUAAAUAUUUCGUGUUGCUUACUUGCGAUAUUUUAUGAAGCUUUGACCUCAUUUUUCGAGAUAGGGGAAAGACUCUAGGCCGAAGUUUGUACAACGCAUGCUCCCAUCUGCGCGUUACCGCCAAAUUUGAAAAGAAUAAUAAAUUCCGCGUAUUUUGAUGUAUAAUUUAUUAGGGUACGGUUAAGUUUCGGCCUGGCAAAUGGACCUUGAAGUCAACGCUUUGGUUCUGUUUCUGCUGCUAACCUUUGUAAACAGCACGAGUGCGAUAGAAGAGGAAUUCGGGCGAGCAGAACCCGGAGAUGUCCCUUCAUUUACGUACGAAAUAAACAAGUAAGUAUCCAUUCAAGCUUCGUUAAUUUAUUCGAAGAUUAAUUGUGUUAAAGAGCCUUUUCGUCUUGUUUUGUAGCUACCUCAUCUGUUCAGUCUAUAAGGAAUUAGAAAGGAAAAUCGACGACUUAAGUACCGAGUCCGCUUGGUUGGCGAGAAUAAAAAGAAUUUUCGAAGAGUCUGCGCUUAGAGGUGUAAUCAUCAACAGUCGUAUUAUUAAUGUCUUCAAGGAAAUUUCGCUUCUUCUCUCGGCAUUGAAGAGAGCUGACCAAAAAGGCGGUCGCCAUGUUAAGAAGCCUGAAGAAAAAUGGCAGAAAGAAACGUACUCAUUUAAGGUAUUUUAUAAUGAAAAUGAAGCAUGUCAGCUACAACAGGAGAACAGGGCUUUGCGUGGACAAAAGAGAGAGCUGGAAGCAUCCCUCGCAGAUGAACAGGCGAAAAGGCUAAAGGUAGAAGAGUAACUCGAACAGGUACUUAAGAAGAUAGAAAAAAAGGAAAAAAACUACAAAAAGAAAUUUAAGAUUCUAGCGCGUAAAAUUGCAAAACUGCAGAGAGAUGGAAAGAGAGGGCCGGACAGAAAGAAAAAAUUCACCGAUUAUACGAAACCGCAUCAGUCACGUCUUCGACAACAGAUGAAGGAAAACUGUCAGGCAACACUAUCCUUCCUCGGAUUGUAUGCUUUUACUGCCACAAAAGUAGAAGUUUUCAGUGGCGAAACUCAGUACGAGACAUUUCCUUGAUUGAUCAAAACGGGCUUCCACUGAAAGGACAAUGACUCAAAAGAGCUGACAGAUGAAAAUUUGGAUGACGGUAAUAUGUGGAUCUAUAUUAAAGAUACAUUUAACAUUUCAAAUGAGGCUUGGCAUGAGUUGGCCACGCAAACCAAACAGAUGCCAAGCAAUUAUAAAAUAGAGAAGAAAUUAAAGGAACUGAAUGCAAAAUGGGAUCUCCAACCCAUACCUGGCCAAGCCGAGAGAGUCCAGUUAAGUUUUAGAGAAAGUUUAGAGGAACAAGAAAUCAGCCUUCAGGGAAAAGGAGUUUUUCACAUGAACACUAAAAUCAAAGUUAAAAUCAGUGGGGAUGGGACUAACAUUGGCAAAAGGCUCAAAAUUAUUAAUGUAACUUACACAUAUGAAACUCCUUGUUAACAAAAAGGUUCUAUCAUAUUUCCGACGGCCACACCCAUCAAAAGCUCUCUUACAAGAAAUGAAAAUUUGGUAGUUUUGUGCUUACUGUGAUUUUCAUGAAAAAUUUCACAACUGGUUACCACCGAUUUAUUAAACUUACAUGUUUAUUGCAUCUUAAUUGCACUUUUUUAGUUCGAAAACAUAAAUUUACUCAUGGUCCUUGGAAGUUUCUUUCAUUAAGUCGAGUCAAUUUUUAAGAAAUCUGAGCGCGAAAAUCAGACCUGCCUAUGAAGACUGGUGAACAGCUUCUCACUGCAUGCCGGGAUAGACGUGUUACCGCCAGAUUUGAAAACUGUAAUAAAUUCCCCGCGUUUUGGGGUGUGAUUCAUGAAUAUUGAUGAAAAUUUUCUCACGGACCCAUGGCCUUCACGUUUUACCAAUAUCUGUUUUUACUGCUGCUAUUCAUUUCCAUUGAAAGAAGUGAAUCGGCUGGAAACGAUUCAGGAUAGCAGGGAAGCAGUUCAUCGGGUGAUUCUGUUCCUUCGUUCUCGUACGACAUAAACAAGUAAGUAUAUAAAAUAAUAUUAUUACUUUUAAUUUUAACACUAUAAAGGGUGCCGUCGGAAAAGGUAGUUGAGCUCGGAAAAGGAGUAAGUGACAUCGAAUACAAGCGCCGUAGCCGGUUCUAGAAGUAGGAAAUACACUUCACGUAAUGUCAACAAUUUUAAAGUAAGAUUGUGUUACAUGUUUUUUAUGUUAGCGGCAUUUAAAAUAGAUUUACCGGUGUUCCAUUCUUUAGUUUCCUCAUUUACACCAUAUCGAAGGAGAAAAAGAGUGAUGACGGUGAAGGUAACGAUUCCCCUAUAGCAUCUGUCGUGAAGAAAAUUUUGGAAGAUUCAGGAGCACAUAAUGUGGAAGUAAACAAACCCAUUUUGAACGUUUUUAAGAAAAACAUAUCAAUCCUCCAUAGAGCGUUCAAGCGGGCGAGCAAAUCAGGACCAAAUUAUAAAUUAAAAGUGUUCUACAACGAAGUUGACGUUUUGAAAUUAAAGGGUGAUUGCGAUCGGCUGAGAGGUGAGAAAAGAGUACACCAGGAGCGCGUGACUGAGCAAGCAGCUAAACGGAUUUGCCUUGAAGAGAAAUUGAAAACUUCCCUGGAAAAGUCACAGUAGAAACACGAAGAAAGCAAGAGACGAUUUAAACGUUUGGCGAAAAAGGUUGCAGACAUGUGCUUAGAAAAAAGGUCAAGAGGCCAAGCAAAGAAAAAAUCUUUUCGGCAGUACACGCGACAGCAUCAGGCACGUGUCAAAAAACAGUUGAAGGAACAAUGUCACACAACCCUGUCAUUCCUUGGUUUGUAUAAUUAUGUUGCCACCAAGGUAGAAGUCUUCAAUGAGGACAAUGGUAAGUUAGAGACUUUUAGUCUUCUUGAAGAAGGGGAACUUCCUUUUAUUGAUAAUACAGAAAAGGAAAUGACAGACAAAAAGUUGGAUGACCUUAAUAUGUGGAUAUAUUUAAAAGACAAAUUUAAUACCUCCAAUGAAGCCUGGCGUGAGUUUUCAGUCAAGGCAAAAGACAUGCCAAAACUGUCUCAGAUAACGAAACGGAUAAACGAGUUAAACACUUCAUGGAAUUUGAUUUGCACUCCAGGUGAAGCAGGUGUUCAAUUAAAAUUUGAAGACAGCCUUCGAAAACAGUUAACAAGACUAGACUUGAAAGAAAACACAAUUAAAGUAAAACUCAGUGGGGAUGGAACACAGAUAGGAAAGAGGUUGAAAAUAGUGAACUUUACUUACACUAUAUUAAAUGAGAAAGAUCUUGCCAUGGAUGAAAAAAGGAAUUACAUUUUGGCAAUAAUUAAAACAACUGAAAGCUAUGAAAAUUUACAAGAGAGUCUCUCUGAUCUCAGGAAUGAGAUGGAAUUGCUUGAAACAAUUACUGUAAAUAAUUGUAAAUAUAAUAUCGAGUAUUUCCUUAGGGGGAGACUGGGAGUCUCUGACUUGCGUUUGUGGCCUGGGGGCUGCAAACUAAGACUAUGCUUGCAUAUGGUGUAAGUGCCCCAGGCUACAGAGGUGGGAUACAAAUAAGCAAUGGUCUAUAACUGAUCUUAGUCUAGGGCCACGAAACCUAGCACAAAUAAGUCAGUGUACAAAAUCAAAACAGUUCAUUUGUAAAAAUAAUCCUUUGUUCCCAUUUAUUCCUCUUGAUCAUGUAGUCAUUGAUACUUUACAUCUGUUAUUACGAAUUUCUGACAAUUUAAUUGAACUUCUGAUCAGACAAUUAAGAAGACUAGAUAGCAUUGAGAAAAAGGUAACAUUUACAGAUAGAUUUCCAAGAGAUAAAUAUAAAUAUAUGGCGGGUUAUGAAAUGCUCCUUAACAACCUGGGAGUUUCAUUUCAGUGGCACAUUGGGAAAGAAAGCAAGAAAUUAGAGUACAGAGACCUGACUGGUCCUGAGAAGUUGAAACUGUUUUAA